AUGAAGAUCUUUGGCAAACGCAAAAAGUCGGCAAAGGUUGACGAGGCCCAAAAAUCAGGGGGGAAGAGUACCGGUGAUAUCCCCCAGCAAGAAGAAACGAGAGUCUUUGCCUCGGACACGGCGGUCCAAGAGCUGCUGAAGAAAGAUCCCAGUGGAUGGAAUGCUAAGGAAAAGCGAAUGGUGAAGCGCUAUCAGAAACGAAAGACGGAGGAAGGAGAUAAAAGUACUGAUGACGCAAAAGAGGAUAAGAAAUCUAAAGAACCAAAAUCCCAAAAGAAGGCUGUUGAAGCAGAACAGAAGGUACACAAGGACGAAGCCGACAGUUCAGAUAAUGAGGACGAUAGUAGCAGCAGCCGUGGUGACAACUCUGACUCAUCCGAGGAUGAAAACAAGAAGGAUGACAAUACACCUGAAGAUCAGAAUAAUAAUGACGAUGAAGUUAAGGAGGUAGAAGGCGAGCAGGACCAAGGAAUGGCAGAGGCAUCACGACAUGGAGGUGACAAUAAUGAAACCAUGGGCUUGGAUUUGGAAUCUGUUUUGGAUUCGACACUGAUUGAGGGACUCAACUCCAAACAGAGACGAACGUUAUCUCGCACACUGGCCAAAAAUGGAGCUAGUGCCGUCAAACAAGUCAUUGACGAGGCCAACCAAAUUGUCCAUGGAAACCCAGCCGCCAAGCAAGAAGACACCACCUCUGACAGUGCAGAAAACAAAGCCAAUGACAAGAAAACUGAGGAUGAGGAUGACGACGACGAAAUGUCUACAGUCCAAAAUCUCCUGCAGAGCUUGAAUUCCAAACAAAAACGAAAACUGUCACGACGAUUGGAACGAGAAGGAAGUAGCUGUCUUGCCGAGGUAAAAGCAGAGGCAGAAGCUUUAUUAAAGGGAGAUCCGAAGUCUCCAGCCGACGACGACAACAACAAUGCGUCAACAGGAACUUCACAAACGGUAUCAGGAAAGAAACGAAAACGACGUCGAGGCACUGCUGAUUUGAGUGGUCUGACUCCGGAAGAACGACUGAGACGGGAGGAACAACGCAAGAUGCAAAAAGAGGCGGCUGAACGCAGAGCCAAUGGAGAGGAAGACGCUUCAUUUAAACACCCACUCAACUCGGAGCGACGAAGAGCAAACCGAAGAAAGCCCAAAUGGGCACCCAAAAAGGCAUUUACCCAGAAUCAAGACAAAAUUGAACACAACGCAUCCGGUUUUCAUGUCCGCAAAAUCAAAAAAGCACAAGAAUGA